AUGGAUUUACAAGAUUAUAAAGAAUCGCACUUUGAACAAGAUAAAGAGUGCGAAAGCUACCUUGAGAAUUUACUUCACCAACUUGAAAAUUCACCUAAUCAACAAGAAUCGUAUUCAAUUUUGCAAGAAAUUUCAAAAAUUAAUGAAUCAGAAUUUAAAAAUACUAUGGGAACAGACUAUUUUGAUAAUAUUGCUCAGUUCCUUUCAGAUACUGACUCCGAAAUUCGUACAUUAUCUCUCAUAAUAAUCGAAAAAAUACUUACAUUUCAUGAAACCUCUAGAACUCAGAAUUUUUUCCAUUUCCUUCUUGACCAUGUUGUAGAAAUACUUGAAACAGAGCUGAAAUGCAAUAAUUAUCAAUUUGUUAUUUCAACUUUUAGAAUUUUUUCUUUAUAUGUGAGUACAUGCUGGCCAUCUCAGAAAGAAAAUGAAUAUCUUUUCAUGUUCAUAAUACAUCUUGACAUUGAAUUGUUGUACAAUGAACUUAAACCAAUAUAUAAUGAAAUUCUUGGCUUACUUUGCGAAAUAUUUGAUCAUGAUUACUUGAAAUCAAGAAACAAAGAUGCUAUAAACUUCAUUAUCCAACUAAUUUUGAGAGAAAACAAUGAAAAAUCGCAAAUUCUUUUUAAAGCAGUUUGUUUGAUCUUACAAUACAAUUUGAGUGAAAGAAACAACAAAACUAUGAAAGAAUUAUUAAAAAUAGUAUACUCAAAAUAUGAAGAUCAUGUAAGAAAACCAAAAAUUUUAUUAAUCAUAGCAGAUAACAGCAAAAAUGAAAUUUUCAAAGAGAAUAAUAUAAGAUAUAUCAAAGAAACACUUAUUUCCACAAGCCCUGAUGUAGAUCAUGCUAAAAUCUUCGAAAUUUUAUCAAUAAUUUUGUCACAUCACCCUGUUAGGUUCGAAAACAUAUUCCUUGGUGAAUACGAUUUAAUAAAUAAGCUUCUUUUGUUUGAAGAAUCCAGUUUUCACGUGAAAUGUCAUGCAAUCAUUCUUCUGUCUGAUAUAAUGGCCAAUUUCCCUUCAUUGUUUGUUAGUGAUAUUGCCCAGUUCGAUAGGAUCAUUCAGUUUGCCUCUGACAUGCUUGAAACUCGCAAUAAAUUGGUGAUGUUUCAUAUUUUCAAAGGAUUUAUUGCAUUUCUGCAGGAAAGUGAAAAAUUGGAUGAUUCUUUCAAAGGAAUAAUGAACGAAAAUUUAUGUGACAUCCUUGAAGAAUUAGAUACUCUGAAUGAAGAAUUGUCUGAACUACGCGAUACUGUUUGUUCUUAUCUUGAAAGCGACUGA